AUGAAAAACCUGGGAACACCCAAAUUCCAGAUCCAACGGCCCGAGAUGACCGUUGUUUUGUGGGCAUCUGCCAGUCGUCCCACUCGCGGGGAAUUUUUCCGCGUGCUGGCUUUCAAGCCUGGCUUGAAGAAAUUUGGAAGCUCACUUUUCAACGGGACUGCCACCGGAUUUGCCCAUGAAGUUCCCAAUGCUCGAGCACACAUCAAGAUGACGACUUACAGCCUGGAGUCCCAUGGCAGUACCUCCACCACGAGCUGCACGUCCUAUGAAAGCAGCGGAAUCAUUGCCCACAUUGGAGAUAUCGACGAAGGGAUCAUUCUGUCCAAUUGCCAGCCUGAAAACAGUGCAGAAGUAGAUAUUCCUUCCAUCAUCUUGGAAGACUUGGAAGAAGCGCCUUCAGAUGAAGAAAGAGACAACGACGACGAUGAUGACGAUGCCUCUGCUUCCUCCUCGGCAUCCGCAGAUGCCAUUAGUUUCGACAGUGCCAUGGAACGAAUUCGUAAUGAGGUGUGGCAGAAAGUUCGGGACGCCAAGAAAAAUAGAAGGGAAAAGACAAGUAGUACAGGUAGGACAAGUGUGAGAGAUGAUUCUGUCUUUGAUGACAGUUCAAUAUCUUCAGGAACUCCAGACAGAAGCGCCGGUCCAGGCCGCAUCCAACGAAACGAAAUCGUUGUGGUAACUGAUGACCAAAUUGACUUUCGUUCUCCACCGUCACGACCGAUCCUAAACUCUUUUGAACGACAACCUCUGUUGGAUGAAGACAUGAGAACUGCAGGCAACUUCCAGUACCAUUUUACACAUGACGAUGAUAUCGAACAGUAUCGCGACCUCGUCGUUGAUGACUACAUCCAAAGUUUCAGUUCCGAGGACAUGACGACGUCAUCCGAAGCAGAUAGAGUUGGCACUGGCCUUCAUCAAUUGCAGAAUGAGGAAAUCGAUUCCGUUUUUGAGUCAAUUCUGGCCCUCGAUUUAGAAGUGGAAAAGCCUGAAGAGCCCACGAGCUCCUUGAGUUCACAGUCGCCAGUUACCAAGGCCAGUGGACUCUAUGCCACACUCGAUUCAAAGUCUUCAGAGCCAAUGCUUAGAGUCAAAGUCUUUGGGUCACUGGAGAAUACACUGCUUUGUCUGCCCAUCUCUAUGGUCGAGAAACGUGAAAACGAAAUGUUUGGCCGGGCAUACAAAGUUGGACUCCGGGUUGACCAGUGGAAUGGAUCCUUGCUAACUAGGCUACUCAAGGGCUACUAUCCGUGGUAUCGAGACAACAUCAAACAAAGCCUGUAUACACUACAACUGUACCCCGAAAGCGACUGUGCCGAGGCAAACUACAGCCAGGACUUUCGGUGGCAAUCAUGGAUCAACCAAUGCAUAGAAUCCUUCUACAAAACAGGGAAAUUGAGAGUCCCUGAUUUCUGUACUGGAUCGGAUGUCUUGACAGCGCUUCAGUAUUUUGGCAUUCUCUACGACCCGGACCAGCUUGUUUUUGACUCCUUCAGCACUUUCAUGCGCGUAAAGUUGUGGAGUGAAUACUUCACUCAUCGCGACACCAUUGCCGCAUGGAUUACGAAGCAACUCAACGAACCUAGUACUGAGCAUCAACACCACAGUACAAGAAUAUUCUCUACCUGCCCACAUUUGUUAGAGCCGGGGUGUGUCAUCACCAUUGGGAAACAACAAUCUGAGGUAUUCGACGGCGGCAUUACCAUGGUGGACUCCAUGAAGGACGAGACGGUAUCUCAGAGCUGCAUGUUCGUGUACAGAUUCUUCAACGACAGUGACGACGAAAACGGAGAACCGGCAAACAUCGAUUUUCUGGUGCGUGAGGACUUUCGCGAAUACUUCCGAAAGGUUGUCUACGGAGUCAAUUCCAGUUUCCCAAAGAAGCUAACGACAAUUCACCAUCCUGAUGGGACUUGCGAAGAACUGGAAUUGGCCACGCUGUUCAUCCAGUUGGAAGACCCAGCCUAUUUGAAUCGGGACCGUAUUAUUACCUCCGCAGUUCAGGAGGAAUAUCUGGAGAAUGCCUUCGACGAAGCGACUGACCCAGAGAACGAAUUGCCAAGUUGUCAUGCUAUCGAAACUCAGUUACUCUCCCGAUGCCAGUCACUAUCAGAGGAAGUCAAGUUGAAGUACCGCGCUCUGGAAACGGGGUCUAUUCCAUGCCAGCUAUCAGCCGGCAACAAUGCAGGGGGGGCAGGACAACCUGAUCCCAAGCGCCAGUCCAAGUGCCCGACCAAGUCCGACUGUCGUGCUGUAGUAGAUGCUCCUGUUGAGGCACAAUGCAAAGUCCCUUCCAACGUCGAUGCCGAAUAUGAAGAGCUCGAGGCCCGAGUGGUUGCCAGAUUCAAAGACGGCGUUCUGGCCGACGUCAUUAAACCUGACUGUCGUGAGAUUUGCGCCGAGGCAAUCUCAUCGCUGAACUCUCUAGCACGAAAUAGCACAAGCAGAGCAAAAGUCGGGCAAGUUUCACAGAAAUCUGUGGACUCAAGACCACUGGAGACGACACCCACUGAACCAGAACUGCGAAAUGAACUGAAAGCACAAGGAACACAAGACAAGACAAGUACCGAGAGAGACGUAGCAACAGCAGCGACCCCAGGCGGACAAGAGAAAUCGAAAACAACACUUUGCACAGAAAAUGCUAUCACAGGAGAACCAGGCCAAGCGAACGCAAAACUUAGCGCGGACACUGUCAUUAGGGCGGAAGAGAGCCAAAGAGCGAAAGAAAUUGCAAGCACAUCAUCAAGCUUGGAGCUUGAUGUUGGAACAGCAAUACGCGCAAGAACACCAGAUAAACAAAGCACACCAUCGAGCGUGGAGCAUGAUGUUCAACUUGGCGAAGCAAUGCACGCAAGCGCAUCUGACAAGGAAACCACACCAUCCAAAGAGGAUCCUGACCUUGUAUCAGACGUGGAGCCAACAUCAUCUGACAGGCCAAACACAUCAGCAGCCGACAGGGAGAAGGAUAGAGGCGAAGGCAAGUCAUGGCAGCCAAACGAACAAUCCACAUCCAUAGGAAAUUCGCAUGCUAGCGAAUCAAUUCAAGACACCAGAUUCCCUGGAGAUUUGUGGAUGGCAUGGAGACCCGAUAUAAACCCUGACUGUAUCUUAUCAAGCUCGUCCUUCCUCAAGAUCACGACAGCGACAGACCACUGGACAUCGUGGAAUCAAAUGGAUCCCGAACCUUCUGUAGAGUCCGACCUUACCAACAGCAUACAACACAUCGAGCCAUUUGAUUCAAUAUUAGGUUGUUCCGUAGAAACUACUGGGAUGCGGCAACAACACGUCCCCAUGCUGUUCGACCACGUAUACGAGGAUCUAAUGCUACAAGACACACACUUCAACGGCAGUUGGGAAAAGAAGCCCGUACCUGAAAAUAUCCACAUCACUACAGCUCUAUCCCGCGAGCCCCACAAUGUGGCUGCUACGAAAACGAGUGGUCACCGCAGGGUCAGGUUUCACCCGGACAACAGGAUCUUUUCCUAUAAACCGAACGACUUUGUGUGCGACAUUUUCGAGCUGUUUGAUCCCUCGGAUGGCGGCGUGCUGGGCAAGGAUGAUGACGGUGUCCAUAGCCUGGAGUUCGACCAACAGCAUCGGUCCCAUCAGAUACCCAAUCGUCAUUUGAAUCAGACCAUUCCUUUCUCCAGAGAACAGGACCCCAUUUUUGUGGAAACGGUCUACUCGACGGAUGCUAGCACUGCUCUGUCCAGCAAUCUGAUGGGCUCUGCAACAAAGAUACCAGGAAAUAUCCUCCCUACUUGCAAUUUGGGGAUCCCAGGAAUCGACUUCCCAGAUGACGAAAGGUGCUAG